CCUUCUGCCGAGUGCUUCCCGGCUGGGUGUAGUUGCGAAGCCUUUUUCAUCUUUUCACAACCACAAAAACCACUAGCUGCUGAGGCUCCCGAGAGAUGAAGAUGUGGACGGCUCCAGGAUUGUUCUGGGUUUUGGGGAGCGCGUGGUUGUGGCACUUUGCGCAGGGAGGGGCCAUAGGCCGGCUAGAAGAUGAUAUUGUGACCCCAGGUACAAGAGACGGCAUGGUGACCCCAGGCCUAGAAGACAGAAUAGGAACCACAGGUGCUACCGGAGGACUGAAUGAAUCUACUGGCAAGGCGCCUCUGGUACCAACACACACAAAGAUUCCCUUUGAGGAACUGCCCACCCCAGGAAUCUCAGACCAUGAUGGCGAAGAACAUAAGAGUAUAACCACUGUCAGAAUGGUGACUAGCCACUCUGUGGAUAAGGAAACAAGUCACCCCAACAGAGAUAACACAGCUGAUGAAACACAGACAACAGAUAAGAAAGAUGGCUUGGCAGUAGUAACCCUGGUUGGAAUCAUAGUUGGAGUCCUGUUAGCCAUCGGCUUCCUUGGAGGGAUCAUCAUUGUGGUUAUGAGGAAAAUUUCUGGAAGGUUCUCGCCCUAAAGAGCUGAACAGAUCAGGCUGUUCCCCCAACGUAUCUGAAAAUAAGAGUGCUUCCAACUUCCCCUGCUCCCCGUUCUCUGCUUGUGGAGGAAGAUGACCCAUGAAAUGCCCCCCACCCACAGCCAUGGCGACUCCUCCACUUGCCAGAGGUACCAAAGGACAGACCCAUGACAAGCCAUGGCCCCUCAAAGCAUAUGCCUUUGGAUAACAAACAUUUUUAAUAUAAGUUUUGUAAUAAAGGAUUCAAAAGACAACAUGCAUAGAAAAUGGAGCAAAACUAUGUAAACUGACUUGUAACCAAGACAGAGCCACCAGUUGGCUUUAGCAACUGUAACCAUGGCUUCAACCUGGCCAUUCCCUACUACUGUUAAAAGGCGAAGGAAUCUGGAAAUGUUUAUUGAAUCUGUGGAGCAGUUGGCUCCGGUAUUACGUCAAAGAGUCAUGGGCCUUUUUGCUGUUGCUAACCUAGUGAUAUGUACACAUUCUGGGCUAGUGGGGUCUGUGUUUAAAUGUGUUUGAGUCAUAAAGUAGAAAAUGUAAACUUAAAGUCAGGCAUGAUGAGGCCCCUUAAGGGAAUCCGGUUGGACCAUUUCAGAAGCACCCAUUGUGGCUUUACUUCCAGGAAGAUACUAUGCUGUUUACAAUUCUCUAAACCAUCUCCAAGCCAUGAUACCUUCGUGGCCCAGAGGUCUGUCCCCUCUGCUUCCCUUGGGUGACUCCAAGUAAAGGAGUCACAUCCUCAUCUACCUAGACUCAAACCUUCGGAUGAGCUUCUCCUUUCUGGACUGUGGAGGUCUUAUCCCAGAUGUUGGAUGUCGCAGGAUGCCAGAGGCUCAGCAGCUGUAGCCCCAAGAAUGGAACUUGGUCCUUAAACAGAAGAGAUUCCUGAAUGUGCUUUGGUGUAGGAAAUAAACCGACCAGUUUCUAGCAUCUGCCUUCUGCCUCUGAGGAAAGACAGGGAAAGCAAAAAUAAUCUUGUGUAAUCUUAGUUGCUCUUAUAUGGCUGGAUGUCAAGGUCUGAUUUUAAAAUAAAAGAUGCUUCCAGUCUUCAUGACAUACCA